UCCUCGUUUCCCUCGCCUCGAUGCCUCUAGCCCUCGCAUCUCUGCUCUCUCUCCCUCUCCCUCUGCGGCGCACACAGACGGAUCCCACACGGACUACCACCGUUCUACACACCUCGCCAACAGCCCACAGCCAUGGCGGGCGCCAGCGACGACCUGGACCUCCUCCUCUCUCUGGACGAGGACGGCGAGCAGGUCGUCCUCGAGACCCCUCCGGCCUCCCCGCGCCCCGCCGGCGGAGGCGCCUUUACUCCUCCGAGGACCGUGCGCCCCGGCGGCACCGACAUGUCCGUCUUCCGUGACGCCGUCAAGGAUUAUAUCGAGGCUGUCCCGGCCUCCACUUCCGCCUCGGGCCCCAAGCGCUCCAAGCUCCCCAAGUCCACCCAAACCCUCGUCGACACCUACUCCGGCCUCCGUAUCAAGGACAUGGCCGUCUCGCCGCUCGAGCUCACCAACCGCUUCGCCGACAUCCGAUUCGUCCGCAUCUCCGCUUUCAAGAACUUGGCCGGGGGCGACACCUUCUCGGGCUGCUGGGCGACCGCCGGCGUGGUGCUGGACAAGGGCACGACGCGGGUGAGCGCGCAAGGGAAGGACUACAGCAUCUGGAGGAUGGGCGCCCUGGACGACUCCGAGGUGUCCGUGUUCCUCUUCGGGGACGCCCACACCCACUACUCCGGUGCGACCGCCGGCGAUGUGUUUGCGCUGUUCAACGGCAACGUCCGCAUGGACAAUGGGGGGAAAGGGUUUUCGGUGAGUGUUGCCUCAGUGGGGCAGAUGAUGAAGAUGGGCGUUUCAGCGGAUUUUGGGAUGUGCAAAGGGAAGAGGAAAGAUGGGAUGGCUUGCACCAUGGCCACAAACAAGCGUAAGGGGUCAUACUGCAAAUUCCAUAUAUCGAACACAUCAUCGCAAAAGUACUCUACUGGCAGAGUUGAGCUCAAGGGUGGAAACUUCCAAUUUGCUUCUAAACUUCGUUCCAAUGGGAUUUACAUGGUCAAUCCUUCCUCAGAGCGAUCCAAUCCACGGAAUCCAUCACGACCACUGAAAGUGAUGUCAGUAGAUGGGCUAAAAAGGGCUUUAAGUAAUGCAGAUAAAGUGACCACUAAGAAUAACUCUCAGGGCAUAAGAUUCCUCUCCCAUGUCACAGGCGAUAUGGAACAAAACCUCUCGAGCAAUGGUCCCACAGCUCUGCAGAAGCAAAAGUUGGUCUCAAACAAAAGACCCGUGUCUUUUGGUGCCAAGGCAGCACCCAAACCAGGCUUUCAGAAGCAAGAACAAGAUGUCAAGAGAAGAAAAGCGAUCAAUCCUGUGGAGAAUACAAUCGAGCUGGACCUAGCCAGCUCGGAUGACGACGAGAUCAAUAUAGUGCUGCGACGCUGAUGGCCUAGCUAGACAGGGAUUAUCUUCACAGGAUGUGGUGAAAGGCGAAUAAUCCUUCUGAGGUGUAGCUUCUAAUAUUGCCAAAGAAUGUGCUUUCCAGAGGUUGUAAAUAUAAAUACGAGACGAAAGAAACAAGACUCUGGACAGCAUGUUUCAGGCGGAUGCUUAUGUAUCGCUUCCUACAUAAAUAUUCCUGAUUCACCGUCGACACUUAGAAACGCAGAGUUCCUUUUUUUUUGCAGCAUGUAUUUUGAAGUUGAACAAGGUUCAGAAUUUGUUCCUACUCAUUUUGUUGUUAAUUUUAAGAAUCACAGAGCUACUUUUGUAUUUUGCAUGUAUUUUGAAGUUGAACAAGGCUCAAAAGUCGUUCA